AAUAUCCAUUCAGGAAAUGUUUUAGCUACAUAUAUUCUGUCUCUUGGAUGGAUUUAUUGUUAGGUUUCAAACAAAGUUAAUUGUCUGCAAAAGCAUGGCUGGAUCAAUGGUGCAUCAUUUGUGUGAUGCUGUUAUUCACAUUAUCCAUUGGUAUCCGGCAAUGUCUUCGAUUAACUGACAAUAAAUCCAACAGAGCUCAUUUCCUAGAUGGUUAGUCUUUCGUACCCAACCUUAAGGUGAGUAUUGAUCAUGUAUCGAGUUUCUAAUCAAGUUCAGUAUGCCUAUGCAAUCUCAUUAGUCUGAAUGGUUUAUAUAACAUGUCAAGCAAUUGCUAGCUAAUGAUUUGGGUUUGUGUAAUUAAUUCUUUAUUUUUUGAAAAAUAUUCAUUAAACAGAGGAAAUUGAUUUUGGUUUGAUUUCUGUGGAAUGAAGCUUGUUAACAAGUGAAGAGCAAUCAGUGUACCAUAUACACAAAGGAAACAUGAUUGAAUCAAUGUUUAUGGAUCAAUCAGAGAAAUAAAAAAGUCAUUUGCAGGGGCACAAGACGAUGAAGACACAAUGGCAACAUGUCAGAUGUAGUAUGUCUGCAAAUGUAUUUGUAUGCUUGGUUUUGAAUGUGUAUUGAUUUUUAGAGAGAAAGAAUAAUAAAACAUUAAUAUGGAUUCUAUAUGCAAAUUAUAACGAGUGAAAAUGUAUUCGUUUAUAUUAUUCUGCUCCAUUGAAUUGAAAUGGCAACUGUCAUGCUAGUCUUCAGUAAACAGGUGGCGCUCAAGCUCUUAAUUCAUCCAUACAAUCAAGAAAUAAAACUCCAUAAAAGGGUUUAUGAUCAUAUGAGAGGCUUAAAUGAAGAAAAGGGAAGAGUUACAAGUGGCAGCCCAAAUGUGAUUGUUUCAUUACGAACAGUGAGCAAAAUCUUAGCCUACUAGUACUGAAUGACGUCAUACUUGCUCUUAUGUAGUACGCAAAACUGAGGAGAAGGAUAAAAAGGCUGGGGGUCUUAAAAGUGUGUAUGCUUUUUUUUUUUUUGUGCGCUUCGACGACAUUUUCAAACAACGUUACAGUAACCGCCAAACUGAAACAAGUUACUGACUAGAGAGUUAAACGGACGCUUUCACCUGAGGUAAUCACAGCAACAGCUGAUUGCUGUCUGUUUCGGUCGGUAUACAACGAUAAAAAUAGGCUAACUGUUAUUUAUUGUUAUUCAUAAUUAGGCUGUUAUUAAUAAUUAUCAUUAUUUUUUCACGUUAUUAUAGAUUUAUCAAAAAAUUAGCACAAAAUGGUUAGUAUUUUGUUAACAAUGUCUAGAUAAUUCCUAACUCAAGAGUGGGCAAAAAACUUAUAGAGAUUGUUUAAAAAAAAGUGAAAAAUUCGCAAGCAGGGUGUGAGAUAUGGAUCGCAAAGUGAACUCCAUUUAUGCUUGGACAGUCUUUGGAUAAUUCUUAUUAAGUAAAGUGCUAAAUGGUGCCUAAUCAGCGAAUAUUCACUGUCCAACUGAGCCAAAGGGACCGACCUUCUCCAGAGAUCCGAGCACAUGCGCAGUAUCUUCUAACAGAGUGCGCGUACUUCGACCUUAUUCAUACUGUCGGUCAACUGGGCGCGCACAGCACUUAUAUUUGACAUUAAAUGUGGACUGACAUGAACUUUUAAUAAUAUUGGAAUGUUCAUUCUAUGUACAUUUUAACAAGAAAUCGUUUUUUUUUUUUAACGAUUGCUGAAGAGAUGAUAAAGAAGAGAUCAAAGGCUGAAUAUAGCGCAAUGCCACGAUAUUAGUGUUUUAUCGUAAUAGGCUAUAUUUUUAACUCUUAGUACAGUUUUUUUAUUCUCUUCUCGUGGGGUGUGUCCAGCAGAGCAGCACUGAGCGCUUGUUGGAGUCUGUCCGGAUGUGUAUAUGAUGUCUGAUCACUUGUUCCUCACCACUUGCACCAGAGCGCAGCUGGCGCGCAAUGGAUUUACUGUGGAAAUUCUUCUAUUUCGUAUUUAACCAGUUUCUCUGCUCUCUGAAUGGAUCUGAAUAAAGCGACGAUGAUAUUCGUAACUUUUUGGAUAAUAUUGCCUCUCCUUGAUAUAGUGCACUUCUCAAAGGCAGAUGCGAUCGCACAGUCUCGUUCGGUUCGACUGGACUGCGUUAGGGCUCAUGAACAGUGUUUGGGGAAGUACGGCUGCAGCACUAAAUACCGAACCAUGAGACAGUGUGUGGCCGGGAGAGCGGGUAACUUCAGCAUGCUGGCUGAACCCGAGGCGCAGGACGAGUGCCGGAACGCCAUAGAGUCCAUGAAACAGAGUCCUCUGUACGACUGCAAGUGUAGGAGAGGAAUGAAGAAAGAGAAGAACUGUCUGCGCAUCUUCUGGAGUAUAUACCAGAGUUUACAGGCCAAUGACUUGCUUGAGGACUCGCCAUAUGAGGCAGUAAACAGCCGCCUGUCUGAUAUUUUUCGUCUGGCUCCUAUCAUAUCAGGUGAGGCGGCCUUUACGAAGGACAACAACUGCCUGAAUGCCGCCAAGGCCUGCAACCUGAAUGACACAUGUAAGAAAUACCGCUCCUUCUACAUCAGCCCCUGCACCAGUCGAGUCUCAACCACUGAGGUGUGUAACAAGCGCAAGUGUCACAAGGCCCUGCGGCAGUUCUUCGACAAGGUGCCACCGAAGCACAGUUACGGCAUGCUUUUCUGCUCCUGCCCCUCCGGGGAUCACUCGGCUUGCUCCGAGCGCAGACGUCAGACCAUCGUGCCAGCCUGCUCCUACGAGGACAAGGAAAAACCCAACUGUCUCUCCUUGCAAGCCUCCUGCAAGACCAACUACAUCUGCAGAUCUCGUUUAGCUGACUUCCUCACAAACUGUCAACCCGAGGCGCGCUCGAUUUCAGGGUGUCUGAAGGAAAACUAUGCAGACUGUCUGCUGGCAUAUUCAGGUCUCAUUGGUACGGUGAUGACCCCUAACUACCUCCGUGCCCCUGGCAUCAGCGUGUCACCUUGGUGUGACUGUAGCAACAGCGGAAACGGAAAAGCAGAGUGUGACAAGUUUACCGAGCUUUUCACCAACAACCGUUGUCUCCGCAAUGCCAUCCAGGCGUUUGGUAAUGGCACAGAUGUUGGUGUGUGGCAACCCCAGCCACCCAUCAUGUCCACUCCACCUGACCCUUACACUCCACAGAGAGGACGGGACAGGACAUCCAACACACUGGAAGACCCAGCACUCACCAAUGACCUGGACAGUAAUGCAGACCAUCUAUACAGCUUCUGUGGAAGUUUGCAGGCUCAGAAACUGAAAAGUAAUGUUACACUGGAUGUUCUUUGUGUGGAUCCGCAGCUGAAUGACCCCAGUAGCUUUAAUGCAAUCUCUCGGAGCUCAACUAGUGCUGUCUGCCUGAUGGACUGGACUGUGCUCUUGCUGUCUCUGGUCUCAAUUCUUGGGCAUCUCACAGCCCUACAGACAUUAUAGCCGCUCACCAAUCAGACCUGCUGGACUGCUGCUGCUGCCGCCGCCUCUGUACCAUACAAAAAUGUUGUAUUUUGAGUUUUUUUUCCACAAGUGGUUCUGUGCGCAAGUGUGGUGUUUCGCUGUGAUGAAACUAUUCUUGGUCCACCUGCUUUUCUUUUCACUUACCGGAGAUAUCGGACAGACAUGGACAUACUGUAUUUGCGCAUCAAUGGAAGGUCAUCUAGGAUUACUUCUUUUGCGAGAACUUUCUGCAAACAGUCGUCAUCCAAACUCUUAUACGUGGUGUGUUAUGCUGCAAUUUUUUCUACCAUCACAGCAAGAUCUGGUUGAAAAUAUAAAGAUGCAUGGAGAUGCUAGAACCACUUCUGACAAUGAAAGAUUGAUGCAGCUUCUGCAUACUAGGGUGCUGCAGAUGAUGAUUUAUUUUCUCUGAGCUGAUGCCACAGGAAAGCCUGCAAACUCCAACUAAUACGCAAACAGUGUCAAGCAGUGCACGGUAUUUUUGAAGGCUUAUCAGCAAAACCUGCUGCUCCUGUCCCCUAUUAGGACCUACAAACUCCAUUCUCCCUCAAAGUGGCAGUGACUUUUUGCAGUGCUCCAGCUUAGAUGAUACGGUAUGGGAAACAAACAUCAGGAUAGACACAUCACUUUAUCACAUCAAAACACAGGCUGAGGUUUUUUUUUUUUUUUUUUUUGAGUUUCUGGACUUCUUUAAAUUUGUAAAUGUCACAUCUAUUUUAGUUCCCUUCCUCUCCAAUGAAACACGCUGUGAGGAUGAAAGCUUAGCAUCAAUUUGCUUAUUUUGGGAACGUUUGGGAUUUGCCAUUAUCCUGGAUAUUUAUGUGUAAAUACCAUCUUUGUUUACAAUUACCAUAUUAUGCUUCUCAAAGUUUUCAUUUUCAGCUAUUGUAUCACCUCUGUUGUGUGAAAUAUGACUUAAUUUUUAGUGAUGAAAUUCAGAAGUAACUACGAGGGUUGAUACCACACUCCAGUAUAUGUCAAAUGUGCUGUAUGUACAUUCAGUGAGAACGGAUUCUUUUGCUCAUCUAAAAGAAGUGCUCUCCAAGUAUCAUUUCUGCAUUGUUGUUGUACUGGUUAGCUGUAAAAAGAAUAUAUAUAAACGUAUAUAGAUCAGGGCUGUAAGACAUGCAAGAGCAAAGAGAAACUUACAUUAAACAAACUAAAGAAGG